AUGCCGAUUUUAUCGUUACAUAUCUUUAUCCAAAGAUACACAGCGUGUCGCACAGGACCAUUACGAUCAACUACUAAUACUAAAUCUAUUACACCGUGGAAAACUGGUGAAACUGGCGAAAUGUGGCGAAACAAACGAAACUGA